GGGGUUUACAUUAUUCAGAAUGUGACAACAUCGUACCGUCUUUACAGUUUUAAGUUUACGAUUUUGGCGUCUAGAACUUAGAAGAUAUCAAAGUAACCAACUGUUUUUACUGGAAAUUCAAGCCUGAAGAUAAAUGCAUUGUUUGGAUGUCCAUGUGUUGUGAAGGAUGGAGAAGAUAACCAGAGCUGUGGAAUAUGCAGAGUACCUUGUCCAGACAGCUAAACAGAGACCUGAAUCACUGUGUCGACCAUCAUCCAGCAACAAGCCCAAGUCGAUCCACCAGAAAUUGCAGGAGUUGUACAUCGAAUCCUGUCAGAACCAGGACCACAGUAAGGAUAUUGUGCUGUCGUCUAACCUAUUGUCUAAGCUGGUGAGGAGGGACAAAUUGAACUGUUUGGUCCUGAAGCUGUACCCUGGGAAUGAGGGCUACUCCAUCAUGUUAAGGGGGAGGGGAGGGGUAGAGCUGGAGACGCUGAAACUCCCAUAUGAGGUGUCAGAGUUGCUGGACUUUGUUGAUUCUUCAGAGCUUCCUCCUUUCCUUGUUGAUCUACUGGAGAAAGCUCAGAUGAAUGUUUUCUACAGCGGCUGUGUCAUUCUAGAGGUCAGGGAUUACCGUCGCUCCAUCACUGGUUCCUACGACACUCAGUACGUGCUUCUGAAGCCCACUCCCCAGUCCCUUCUAUCAGACAUGUACAACAUCAUAAAUGACGGACAUCGCUGGACACAAGAGGAUCAGUUUGCACUGGAGAGUCAGUUGCUAUUGGCAACAGAGGAGCCCCUGUGUCUUGACCCCUCUCCCUCUGUUUUUCUGGUCAACAACAAACUCCAGUACGAACAGAAGAGUCUCAGUAACCCCAUGCUCAAACGGUCAGCAAGGCGUUACAACCAGGCUGCUCUAAACAGGAAGAGGAAAUUGGCCAGUGCAGCCGCACCAAAGGAACUGAAGCUGCACGACUUCAUUCAUAAAAAGAAGCCAAAAUCAAAUCCUCCAGUCAACCUCCGAGUUGGAAAACCGCAUGUGGACAUGUGGAAACAGAAACCGCUCCAGUUGUCUGCCCCUGAAUCGGUGGAGGUGGCCAAGUUUGCGACAGUUAUACCAGCUUCAGACCCAGGGUCUGAUAACUCAUUUGAAACUGUUGAAGAGAUCACAUUAGAACGGGAUGUGAGCACAGAGAAGAAAAUUCUGGCCAAACUGACCAUCCAGAAACGGAAAUCGGAGGAUGAGUUUUACGGAGAGCUAUAUCUGGACCAUGACUACCGGGAGGGCAGUGUUGGCACCUCCUGCACGUUUUUAUUGGGUACAAGAAUUCUGGUCGACAAAUACCUUGAGCAGUUUAAGGAGAUAUUUACUGAGGAAGGACGAAGGGCAGUGAAGAUUACGACACAGAAACCUGGACAGCCCCCGAACGUAGAGUACACCCAGACCUCCCAAACUCCCACCACUCCCGGGAUUGGGCCAGCGGGACCCCAGGGGAUUCUCAGUGCACAUGCCCCAGCUCUGACUGCCGCAAUCAAGGGACAGUUUACACAGGCUGAUCUGUCCACCACUUCCUCCUCGGGACUGACCGCCAAGAGAAAUGUCCCAAUUCAGCUCUCUCUUACCUUGGCUCCUGUGGCUCAAGGUGCCCAACCCACUGCAAACCAGCUGCAGCUGAACAUCCAGAAAUCUCAGCCACAGCAGGUGGGACUGAGAGGGAAGCCAUUGUCACAAGUCGCAGGGCAAAGGGUAUCCUCUUCCACUCCAAGUCCAGCCACUACACCCACAUCUGUCCCAAUUCAGGGACAGUUAUUUUCUCCGAGUCUGGUUCCCUCCCCCGUUUCAUCACAGAACAGUAAAGGAAUGACCAGUUUAUCCUCGCCUCCAGUUAGUGUUCCUAGCAGGAAGUCAUCAACAGAGGGCACCACUGUGCAGCAGAUCAAUCAGGGGAUCCCACAGGGAAAUAUCACAUUUGUACAGAACACAGAUUGUAGUUCCAGCACCCAGAGUGGUCAACAACAAAACAUAGCGAACAUCAACAUCACCAACAUUGGACUGCCCCCCAACAUCAACAUCCAGAACCUGAGUGGACUUCCAGGGGUCAACAUCGCCAACCUCCAGAGUCUGCAGAACAUGCAGGUGUCCCUGACCGGAGUCUCCAUGCCUGGGGGCGGGAUAGCUGUCCCUGUCCCCAUCAGCCUCAUCAACACCAACUCAGGUGUGAUACAGAACCAGAACGUCUUUGUCAGCUCUCUCCCCAGUGGUUCGCUAUCCUCCACCACCACUGGAUCCGUGCCAGUCUCUGUGAGUAGAAAACUUACUUCGUCUUCAGUUGGUUCUGCACCAACUCUGGUAACCAUGGUGACAUCAAUGCCAACAACCAUCACAACUUCAUCAGUCACAUCAUCAUCGUCAUCAUCAUUGUCAUCGCCUGGCGUUGUUACAUCAGAGUCUGCUUCUAACCCUAGUACGGUUAUUACUGCCUCAGGAGGAUUGUUAUCUCCAAUCAUUGGAUUAGCUCCCUUUGUACAGGGAGGGGUUAAAUCUCAAGCAGGGUCCAGCAUCAGACAGCCCUCAUCUGUUCCUCUCCUACAGAUCCAGGGACAGUCCGGUAUACAGUUGGUGGGGCUUCCUCAACAGAGGGCGCCAGGAAAGUCAGGGUCAGGGGUCAUGACCUCUCAGUCUGGAGGUAAACCAGUAUCAACCCUUCCUACAACAGUGCAGCUGACAGCGCAGAACAUUUCAGGACACCAGUUAGCUACCCUGUCUCAGUUCAAACCUAACACACCACAAGGGGGCGCUGUACCACAGCAACAGUUGCUACAGUUACAACAUCUUCCAUAUAAACAACUACAGCAGAUCCAAAUCCGUCAGCCACAGGUCGCCACCUCCACAUCCGCCAGUAAAUCAAAGAAUAAGAAACGGACCACGCCCACCCCACCUAAACAGUGAGGAUAUGUGCACUCCAGUCAAUUAUUUCUAAAAGCAAAACAUGGGUGCGACACCCACCCCACCUAAACUGUGUGGACAAUUAAUAACGAUGCUAACGAGGAAAUCGAGGGAAACUAGCAUUCAUAAGUGUUUGAUUACUCCAGGAAUUGUAUAGAGGAGUCAUUCAGAUAUCACUCGAUUUUUUGUGUGGUGAUGGAGGUCUACAUCAAACAUGGAUGGAUCUUUCUGAACUCCCUGUCAAGAUGUUUAUUUAUGUGACAAAAAUAGAAUAAUUUGCAUAUAUGCAAGUGUGUCUAUAACGCGAUUUGCUCAAAGGAGUUAUUUUACAUAGGAGUAUAUGUAAAAAAUUUGCAUAUUUAGUCCAGCUUUCCAUGUAAAGAAGGCAAAGAUGGCUUUACCUGUAGUUACAUGCAAACAGCAUAACAUGCGAGCUUAAUCACAUGAAAAAAUCUUUUUUUGACACAAUUGAUUUAUUUCUGUAUACAUGUAUAUGUCUUUUAUGAACAGAAAACUAAUUGAACUAAUACUAUGUAUUAUGGAAAAAUUGAUACAGUCAUUGAAUUUUAUUUAGAAAAUGUUGGAUUUUCUUUUGUGUGGAUGACAUUGGGGAUUUGUAUAUGACAUCAAGUUUAGAUUGUUGUAAGGAUAAAAUUCUAAUGCAAUUCUAGCAAGCCGAUUCCGAAUUAUUUUCAAAAUUAUGUAUAAAAUGUUGAACCAUGUCAGACACAUUCAAAUAAAUGAAAUAUUAGUAAAAAUAGUC